CGUUAGCAGCACUGCAAGACAUACAUAACCUAUUUAUAUUUAUUUAUGUUUAUGUUAAUUAUAUAUUGUCGAGUCUAGUUAGUGCUUGGAAUACUUUUAUUGUUAUAAAACGGUAGAAAAACUCAAGAUGUCAACGGCACAAUCAAAUAUUGGAAAUGCUGAAGAUGAAGCCUUGAAACGAAAAGAAAAAUUGAUAGCUCUUAAAAGAAAACGGGAAAUAAGAUCUGAAAGUAAUUCUGAAAACUCAAAUGCAGAUGGUUUAUCUUUACCAAAACCUCAUUUCAGGAGUUACAAACCGACACAUGAAACAUUGCAAGAAUUUGUUUUGGAUCCCACUAAACCUGGAGAUGUUACAUCAGAGGUAAAAGAUCAACUAGAAUCCGCAAAAUCUGAAAUUGUUAUUGAUCAGCUUGAUGUUACCUCAUUAGCACCUAGAAAACCAGAUUGGGAUCUAAAAAGGGACGUAGCCAAAAAGUUGGAGAAGCUGGAACAUAAGACUCAAAAAGCUAUUGCUGAACUCAUCAGAGAGCGGUUGAGAGCAUCAAGUGGAGAAGGAGAUUUAGCAGCUAUGGUCAACACUGUGAACACUACAUCUGAAGUUGAGGAGUGACUUCAGUGGUUGAAGGAUGUUAAGACAUUCAGUGCGAUAGAUGCCAAGCGGCGGCAUCCGGCCAUUACACUUUGUAUAUCUCUCUCAUUGGGAUUUUGUAAAAAAUAGGCAUUGCCGUAAAUAAAUAAAUGUGUUAGUAUUAAGUCCGCAAUAGACAGAUGUGGUUAUAUUGCAGUCUGCACAUUUAAAUAGCAUUGUUCAAGAAGGUUUUUGGGUGUUUCAAAAUUUCGUGAAUUUUAAAACUUUUCAAGACAACUUUAAAUGUGAUUGAAGUAGACAAUAAUCAGGCCUGUUGUUUUGUGGCGAAGUAGACUAUUGUUCCGGCAGUACAUCACAAAUAAGUGAGUGUGAAUGUAAGACGACCAGAUAAAACCAGGUCUGUAUGAUGAGCAAUGUUUCAGUAAUUUUCACCGAAAAAUCGAAUAGAGUUCUAUCAUGUUUUUGACCAAAUGUAGCAAAUGUAAUUCCAUUUAAUUUUGUUUUUACCUACAAACACAUCAUCUGCAUAUUCAGUAGAAUGCCAGCAGGCGUCUGAGUCUGAUUUCUAUAUAACUGAUUAAUCAUUAGUUUUCACAAAUAACAUAUUAAAAAACACAUACAGCCCCAUGAACCUCAUUCAGAAGAAAAAUGAGCAUGUCCCACGCAGGGGUGUGUAACCAAUCACCUUCUUGGUGAACUUGUCUUUCUCAGAAGAUACCUUUUCUGAUAUUUUAAAAAGGACAUUAUUCUACCAGUGCAUAAAAAAGAUGACGUCCAUAACUCAAAUAAUUAUAGACCUAUUGCUCUUUUAUCCGUCUUAUCAAAGAUAUUUGAAAGAGCAUUCUAUAAACGAUUACUAUCCUUGGAUUCUAUCAACUUCUUUGAUGAUAAACAAUUUUGUUUUCGACAGGGACUAUUAUCUCUUUAUAAAAAAAAUUCUCUCAAACUCAGAUAACAUAGAAGCCACGGCUUGCAUAUCCUUUGAUUUGCGUUGUGCUUUUGAUGUGAUUGAUAUACAUCUGCUAUUGAAGAAACUAGAUGAACAGUGAUAAACAGUAGAUAAACACGAUUGUUUUGUUCCUUCUUUUACAAGAAUUAUUAAUAACAGUAAGUCCUUAAUUGAUUGUAGAACUGAAACUUGCGUUUGAAACUGUUAAUCAUGAAAUAAUAAUUGAAAAAAAUAUGGCAUAAAAGGAAGAGUACCUGAUUGGAUUAGUGAUUACCUUAUACAACGGAAGCAGGCAACCAAAAUUAAUGAGUUUCUUUCAACAGCAAUAAGCGUAGAUCAUGGGGUACCGCAGGGAAGUAUUCUAGGGCCAUUGCUAUUUUUAAUCUACAUAAAUAAUACUAGCAAAUGUUAUGAAUGUGAUUAUGAACAUUAUUUUGCUGAUGAUACUCCAGUAUCGAUUUGUGAUAAAUAUAUAGAUUAAGCUAGUCAAAAAAUUAAUAAAGCAUUCAAUGAUAUUGCUACAUAUCAAAAAACUAAUAAAUUGAAGCUAAAUGUCAACUACACUGUUUAAGUUCAGAUAAUUAGAUUUAAAUUGAAUUGAAAUAAAAAUAGAAAAUGACAAAAUGGAGCUUAUUAGUAAAUUUAAAUAUCUAGGAUUUAUGUUGGACAAGCAUUUAUCAUUGUGUAACCAUUUUAAUCAAAUACAGAACAAAAAUUGAAAAAAUUAUAUUUCUUUGCAAGAGUGUCUCAACACUUAACUAUGCAAUCACGAAUAACAAUGUAUACUUGAGAACAUUAUACAACCACAUUUCGAAUAUUGUCUCACUCUUCUAUACACAACUGAUUUAAAUAAAAUGAGAACACUACAGAAUCUUCAGAAUCGCGCAAUAUGGAUUAUUUUGAGAUGUGACAGGAGUACCCCUAUAUCUCUAGAAUGGUUAUCUCAUUAAUACCAGUCUCAUUCUGUUUAAAAGGAAUUUAUUAAACCAUUUUAGAGACCAUUAAGGUGAUACCAAAUUAUUGUGUUUUUUUUUUGGAUAUUUAAUUAUUGUAGGUAGUACUUAUUAACAAAUAUUAGUAGAUUUUUUUAUUAUUGUGUUUAUAAGUAUGUAACUGUUAUAUAAUUGUUAUAUAUUAUUAGGAUGAUGUACCCUAUUUGAAUAAAGUAUUUCAUUUCA